AUGGAAAUAGAAAAAGUAAAGAAAAUUAGAGUAGAGUAUACAGAUGGAAAAAAAUAUCCUGAUGAUUAUGAUCCAAAUCCAGAAGAAGAUGAAGAACUUCACAAUUACAAAGAAUGUGGCAGUGAUUAA